AUGUCUCAUGUUGCUUUGCAAAGUGGAGGUUACGAGAAAAUGCCAUGUCAACUUCGAGAUGUGUACAACGGGGUUGCUGGUGCGAAGCGAGAAGAGAAGAUAGAGACGGACUCAGAAGGGGCUCGGGAUUUCUUGAUUGUCUCGCGAGAGAAGGAUCCUAAUUUCUUCGUUGUCUAUCGUGUUGACGACGAGAAUCGCUUGGCUAACUUAUUCGGGCGAGAUGGAAACUCACGCGUGGACUAUGUAGCUUUUGGGGAUGUACUAGGAUUUGACACAACCUACAUGACUAAUGAGUACAAUAAGCCCCUCACUGUUCUCAUUGGCGUCAACCACCAUUUCAACACAUGCAUCUUCGGAUUUGCUCUCCUCCUCCACGAGAAGCUUCCAUCAUAUUCUUGGCUACUUCAAAAAUUUCUAGAAUGCCAUGGAGAUAAGAAGCCAAGUGUUGUAGUUACUGACCAAGAUGCGGCCAUGAAACGAAGCUAUCGUUGA